ACGGACAGCUGUCAUCGGAUGAAGGAACGUAAACAACAGCACCAAAACCUCGUGUUUCGUUCAAAAACGGCAGCCGGUCGACCGAAUUUACCCACACGUUGCAAAACGAGGCUGGAAAACGAUUUAGAACGCACAAAAUGAGUGUAAUGGCACUGGACGAGGUGCCAGGCUUUACGCUCUACAAGGCCGAAGUCGACUACGACGAUGAUCCGGACAAAGGCAAGGGAAAGGGCAAGAAAAAGUCGGGCGGAUUCCAGGCGAUGGGACUGAGCGCACCCGUGCUGAAGGGAAUCCUGAAGAUGGGCUACAAAAUCCCGACCCCGAUUCAGCGCAAAACGAUUCCCCUCAUCAUGGACGGGCGCGAUGUGGUGGCGAUGGCAAAGACCGGUUCCGGUAAGACGGGUUGCUUUCUGAUCCCGAUGUUCGAGAAGCUGAAGCAGCGCGAGGCGAAGGCGGGCGGUGGAGCACGGGCCCUGAUUCUUUCGCCAACCCGCGAACUUGCCAUACAGACGUACAAGUUUCUUAAGCAUUUGGGACGGUUUAUGGAUUUGAAGUCGAUUCUGGUGCUGGGCGGAGAUUCAAUGGAUUCCCAGUUUGCCGCGGUACACACGCUGCCGGACGUGAUCGUAGCUACGCCAGGCCGGUUUCUGCAUCUUUGUGUGGAGAUGGAUCUGAAGCUGAGCUCGGUACAGUACUGUGUGCUGGAUGAAGCGGACCGACUGUUCGAGAUGGGGUUCGGCGAGCAGCUGACCGAAACGAUCAAGCGACUGCCGGAAUCGCGCCAAAUGGUUCUCUUCAGUGCGACGUUGCCUAAGCAGAUGGUGGACUUUGCAACGGCAGGCCUAUGCCAGCCGGUACUGAUACGACUGGACGUGGAAUCGAAGAUACCGGACACGCUCGAUCUGAAAUACAUUUACUGUCGGCCGGCGGAACGGUACGCCACACUAUUGGUGUUGUUACGCGAUGUGAUCCCGAGCACGGCGCAGACGGUCAUUUUUGCCGGUACGCAGCAUCACGUGGAAUUGAUUUCGUUGAUGCUGACCAAAGCAGGAGUUCCCAACAGUCACGUCUACUCCGGACUGGAUGCAUCCGCGCGCAAAAUCAACACGGCCAAGUUUACGCACCGCAAGGUGAACGUGCUCGUCGUAACGGACGUUGCCGCACGCGGUCUCGACAUACCAACGCUAGACUACGUCAUCAAUCUGCACUUCCCGGGCAAACCGAAGCUGUUCAUCCAUCGCGUCGGCCGAUGCGCUCGUGCCGGUCGCAGUGGAACGGCCUAUUCCAUCUUCUCGAACGACGAUAUCGCUCAUCUGAUCGACCUGCACAUGUUUCUGAAUCGACCGCUCAAUCUAGCCGACCGGAAAACGAUCGGGAUCGUGCCACCGGACACGCAGGAAACGGAACACUUGCUCGUGCAGGAGUACGUAACGCACGUGGACCUCGCGACCGCAUACCGGGUGAGCAACAAUGCGUACAAGCAGUACUUCGUAACGCGACCGGCAGCAUCAGCGGCAUCCAACAAGCGGGCGAAAAACUUUAAAAUCGAUGAACUGGGUGUGCUGGAAGACUUUCUGCAGGGAAACACCGACCCACUGGACGGUGGAGCGAAGGGCAAGAAAACGAAAAAGGGGAAGCUGAUUUCCAUAACGAAAGCGAAAGCGAAAGAGGACGCUCCAAAGCAGGAGGUAAAAAAGGUGCCCACGGCUUCGUCCACCGUUGAUGCGGAUGCGUUCCGGAACGAUUUCCUGGCGCGCAUGAAAAGCUACCGUCCACAAGCGACCAUCUUCGAGCUGAACCCGAAGGCACACGCCCGAGAGCUCGUGGCGAUGACGCAAAAGCGUGAAGCGGAUGAGGCCAAGAUCGAGAAGCACAAGCGCAAGCUGGCCGAACUCGAUGCGGAAGAGCAGGAGAAGCUGAACAGCAAAGCGAACGAAAACGAGGGCGAGCAGGGACCAAAGCGGCGCAAGGGAGCAACCGCUCGCGAUGAGGAGCACUUUAUCGCCUACCAAGCGAAGGACGCCGCCGAGGAAGAUGGGUACGCGAUCGACAAUUUUGCUCGCCAAGCAAAUUCGGCCGAACUGAGUGUGGUCGGGGACACGGCCGAAGGGCAGCGGAUGCACCGGCAGCUGCAGAAAUGGGACCGCAAGAAGAAGAAGAUGGUAAACGUGGAAAACCCACGGGCGGGCAAGAUCCGCACCGAGCACGGUGUGUGGAUUGCCGCAUCCUACAAGACGGGCCGGUACGACAAGUGGAAGGAGCGUACGAAGGUGGACGAAAAGCUGAUGGCGGAACAGGCGCAAGCGUCGGACGAUGAGGGCGGAGAGGCAGGUGCGAGUGCCGUACCGAUCGUACAGCGCCAGUACCCGCACACCCACUGGGGACGGCACAAUGCGAAGGCCGAUCUGCGGAAGUUGCGCGAUCUGGAUCUGAAGACGCCCGAACAGAUCGUGAAGAAGCGACUCGAGAAGGAGACGAAGCAGGAGCGCGAGAAGGCGGCCCGGUUGAAAAACAUCCAGCGCAAAAAGCGUGCCCUGGCCAAGCGGAAGGGUAAGGGCAAGGGUAAGUAAGCGGAUGGCUGGUUCGGUAAGGUUCAGUCAGUAACAAAACACGCGUAAGAAUAUAAGCAAUUGAAUAUAUAUACAUUGCCACAGAUAUCUUAA